UUUUACGACUCAUCAACCUUCACAUCUUCUCUGUCGUAUGCCGCCUCUUAUAUUGAGUCACCCAUCAUGCAUGAUUACCUUGGCCAUCCUCUGGGGCUAGUGGGUUGGUUUGCCCGGACGAUCCAAGCCAUCAGCUCGAUCAUCGUCCUGGGAAUUACAGCCUGGGCUGUGAGUGAGGACAACAAGACUCUCAGUGUUAUUUUCUCACUUGUCAUUGCUACAACGAGUCUAGUCGUCAUAGCUGUAGCUGUAGGCAUCAGCUGCUUAGCACGUCGGGCCAAGUGGCACAUUAUCCCACUACUUGUCACCGAUGCAAUCAUAUCCUACCUGUGGCUCACCUCGUUCAUCCUGCUCGCUCUGAACUUCAACCGCAGGACCUGUCGCGUGAACCGCUGGAUUGGAGAAGUAUCUUGCUCCCGAAGCUAUACUGCCGAGGCAUUUAGUUUCAUUGCAUUUUUUACUACUCUCAUGGGCCUAUUCUUGGAGACCGCCUACAUUUACUGGGCGAAGCCUGAUAGUGUGCCACGAACAGAAAAGCGGCUACAUCAAGAACGCCUUUCUGAAAACCUCAAUGCGGCUGGCCUGACAUAAGGGCUGUUUUACAAGUGCCUAUCGGCGAAGUCUCGUGCAGCGGCUGCCCCACACCACUUCCUCAUGAUAUUUAUUACUACUAUAUUUACGUCCUCGAACCAUUAUUGACAUAUUGAAUGUUUGCUAGGGACUGGACUUUAUGGUCCGGUCAAUUCGCUCUCCCUGAUAUGUUGUCAGCCUCCUCGGCUGUUUUGCCACGCUCUCUUCCCAUUGCACAUUGUUUGUAACUUCACAUUCGCUAUGAG